AUCACUUAAGCCCUUAGACUGUUAAAGUUAACGGUCAACCGUUACAGAGUAAUGUCAACUAUUUUUCUAGGUUGUUUUCGCUAUGCGACACGUCAAGGUUGUGCCACAUGAUAAAAAUUGAUAUUUUAUAUUUCCACUCUCAUGGAAUUAAAUUUCCUAUGAUUUACAUCCAUAACUCUAGCUACUUUCUCGCAAUAUAUGCACUUUGUAUCCAUCAUUGUACAUGCUUUUUCAACCACUUUUAUAAAUAACAUCUCUGACCUUGUGAAUGUUGAAGUCUAACGGUUUAUUUGAGUGUGUAAGGAAAUGACUAUGGCCAAACCUUGAGGAAACAAUCAAUUGCUUUGGGUGUUGCAACAUUGAUGCAAUGAUGUCGUGACACCGACCCUCCAUCACCACAGGGGAGCAAAACUUCAAUGAAAAAUCGACCUGGAGUAGUCCGCCAAAGAUGUCGUGACACUAGGUGUGUUAUAUCAUGACACUAAACCCCAAUGUCUCGACUCCAAGCCUUUGAGGUCAUGACUCUCCUGUUGAAGGACUCAACUCAGUAUCUUGAAGCACACAAAUGUGGUUUGAGCAUGAAACAAAACCAAGUCAUUCUGAAUACUAAGCCAAGUAUCUGUUCUGCUAUAAAUAUGGCCACAGGCGAGUCUGGUGAUCCUGAAAAAGUAAAUUUUGACAAUAUAAAAGAGAAGGCAAGAAGACUGUGGGACAGUUCUCCUCAACCUGUGAAGAGAUUUCCUUGGAACAGAGCUUUGGAGAACUUUGUUCAACUCACACUUGAUCUUACACUAGCAGUGGUCAAAUAUCUAAGUGUACCCGUACUGGCAGUUUCAUCCCUCAGUGAGAUGUCCUACUGUGCGCAUCAAAGGAAGUUGACCAUCAUCCCUGUUCCCCUACUCCUUGGCUUUGUACUUGCCGGGUUUCUGAAAGAAACUGCCUUGGAACUUUCUCCUCUUCUCAAGGAUGCAGAAGUUCCAUGGCACCUGAUUGCAAUAGCAAUAUUCUUCACAUUGAUCAAACUGCCAGGCCCAUAUUACCCGUACUGGGGGCGGAUUUUCAUUCCUCACAUUGCAAAUGGAGCAUUAUUCAGGACUCUAUGGUUUAUGUUUUUGUGGUAUCGCAGAUCCAAAAUAUCAGGAGCUGAGUUGCCAAAUAGUCUGGUAAAUGCCAGAGAUUCUGAAGUUGAAUAAGCAGUAAUCUCAACAGAUUGCAUUUUGUGUCUGAGAAACGAGCCAGGACAAGCUGCUUGGGAAAAUAUAUCAGAACUGGAGAAGGCUUCGACAAACCUAACCGGCUGGUGCUUGGGAUUUUCAGCUUGAAACUUUGAGCACAAAAAAUGCCCCAAUCUUUUAUUUUUUCUGUGUGCGUGUCUUGUUUCAUUUAACCUUGAGUUUUGGGAGAGAAACUGGGGAACUUGCGGCUGUGUAGUCUUCUUUUCUGGACAGAAUAUGACGAGGAUUUGGUCCUAACAGUGGCUAAAAGCUUGCAUACAGUAGCAGUAGUGAAAAUUUUUAAAUACAUAAAUUACGCUUUCAGUAUUUGUGAUAAAUGCAAAGUUGGUAAAUUUUCUUUUGAAAGCGAACCUUUGACUCUUCUAUCUAUACGAGCAGCUGGUAUUCGGAAACUUGUUUUCGCUAUCACGUUGCAUGUGAGGUUGGGAUAAUAUUGGAUAAAAGGUGUGUUGUUCUAAUUGUAAAUGUUACAGGUGUUGAUUUCUUCAACUAAUUCCUCUAAUCCAAUGAAACUAAAUUUCAACUU